GUCAACUUUACAUUUGCCUUCAGCUUCAGCAUAACAUAAAGCAAGAAACAUUUUAUGAGCUUAGGAAAAUAUUAGAAAAUAGAAUUAAAAUAAGUUUAAAAACUUGAUUUGAGCGCAAAAUGCCUGCAACUUUUAUCCACAGAAGUAUUUUAACCGUUGGAUUUUUGUCGCUUUUUCAUGCAGCAUAUUCAGCAGCCCAGCAUCGGUCAUACCUUCGACUAAAUGAUUUAGAUUUCACACAUUUACCACUAGACAUUUUUAUUCAAACACUGAUCAGCUUAUUCAUUAUAAUGUAUGGAGUGUUACAAGUGGCAGGUGACUUCAAAGAAAUCAAAGCUUCUGCAGAUUUGGAAGAUAGAACCUGGGAAACUUAUAGAAAUAUCCCUUCAUUUUAUACUUUUUCCCAUAGGGGAGGAAAGUGCUCCCAAUUGGCAUCUAAAUCGGGUUUAGAGGAAAUAGAGUAAAGUCAAUCAAUUUUUGUUAAAUGACCAACUAGUCUCAGAUUUAUUGUGAAUAAGGGUUCAAAAUAGGUAUAGUUCUAUAAUACAAAGGAAAUGGAAGUUAAUUGUAGUCUAUUUAUUGAAGUUUUGAAGUAUAUCUGUGCACAGAUUAGUUAAAGUACCUACCUAUUGUAAAAAUAAAUAAAUAAAACAAUGUGUGCAGUAUCACAAAUCUUUAAAUAUGUGCAACCAAAUAAAUGGAGAAUAUGGAUACCUAGUUUAGUUUAGGAAUCAGUACAGUUGUUUCAAUUGUUCAUAGGUCAAGAAAAAAAUUAUAUUCCAUGGACCCAUUCUAAAUAAUGUUGGAAUAAAUCCUUUGUAAAAUGCCCAAAAACCUUCGUUUUUGUAAGUCUGGAUGAAGCAAUCUAUGGUUCCUGUGUAUAUGUGAGAUGGUAUUUGAUUCCCACAAUUUUUCAAUCUCCUUUGGUUCAUCAAACGAGUCUGAAAACAUUACUUUCAAUUUUCCAGUAAUUUGAGAAUAGGAGAGAAAAUAAAUAGAAAAUGAAAAUCCAUUAUGCUGCUGAUUUAAUAGGUACCUAUGUAAAAAGUACUUACUCUUAUAACAUCAAUAGGUGUUGAUCCUACAGCAGUUCCAAAACUGGCCACUAGACUAGAACUACAAUGAAAAUGAUGAAGUCAAUUACAUGAAUAAUGUUUGGAUUACAAUAAUGUAAUUGAACAAUUGCUGAUCAAUAAUUGAAUGAUUUAAAUUUCAAUAAAAAAUCAAAUUGGGCCAGUUUUUCAACAGUUGGUGGUUUUGUGUCAUUUUAUAAUUUAUUCUUUCAGCACAAUGAUUAGCAAAACUUUGAUAAUUAUUAAAAAAUUUAUCUAAUUUUCUUGGCUUCUACUGGUUCAGUCUAGGUUCAGUCAUCCACUGAUUACACAACAUUAAUAAACCACAUCAGAAGAACAUACAGUACACAACACAAAAAUAUGAUGGGAAAUGGUUUCAAAAUCUCAACAGCUUUAGUUAUAAUAUUUCCUACAUUCAAUAAAACAACCAAGCUAUUUGGCUAAAUGAAAUAAUAAACAAUCUUACUUACAUAAAAUGAUUAGAAACUUUAUCACCAAGUAUAUUCAUCAAAUUACUCUUGCAGAAAUCAUACACUGGCAAUUCUAUAGCAGCUAUCACAGCAGCUCUUUGGGCAGUAGGGUUAACACCCUGAAAGAAGACUUAUUUUUGUAAAUCUUCAAUUCAAUUUUUCUAUUUCCUAAUGUGCAUCAUAAUAUUCAGAAUUUCUGUUGUCAUUGGUACCUAAUUAGAUAAGGUAUUGAUUUAUUCAGUUUACUCACCUUCCACAACCCUGAGAUUCCUUCAUGAGUAUAAAGGUCCUUGAGACAAUCUACCAACCCAAUGUUGCCAUUGCCAUUAAUGCCAGCAACUUGCAUUCGAACUUUCAGUACAUCAGUAGGGUUGGCUAUAGCACUUGAAACUGCUCCUGCUAUAACAGCACAAAUAACAUUGAGUGAGACACUCUCUUUACCAUCAUUAUGCUCAACAAUGAUGUUUUUAAGGGAGUAGUAAGUACCAAAUUUUAUGGUUCCAUAAGUAGCCUGCCUCAACACUGCU